GCUUGUUUCUAGACCCACUUGGCUCUCAGACCUUGAGCUUCAUUAGUGGCAUCCCAGGUCACCGAGCGGGCCUUGAAGGUUACUCCCGAUCCCCCUCAUCGCUCGCCACCAUGAUCCUGUACCUGCUCGUCCCCGUUCUUAUACUCGCAGCAGGUAAUGAGGACUCCCAUGCAGCCAACAGGACACACAGGACAGAGGAAGAGCUGAGCAGAGCUGAGUGGGACCAGACCCUCAGAGAGACCCCCGCUAACAACAGUGCAAUAAAACCAGACAAUGUGACAUCCAGUUUGUACAAAGAGGAAAAAAGUCUAAUUGAAGAUGAGCUGCAAAACAACCAAACAUCUGGCGUGAUCCUAGAGGAUGAGGAGAUAUUUCAGGACCAGGAAAAUACGUAUGCAGCAAUGCUUUGCCAAGUGGACAUGCUGGAAGAGUACAGUCACAACUACUGUGGUGCAAUUUUUCACACUGAAAUGACGUCAAUCAGCAGAGAAAACUGGUGCGUGCUGGGAGAUAUAAUCAGAGCAUACAACAACAUGACCAUAUGCCUCGAGAGGCUGUCUAAUCUGGUCGGCUGCUAUUACCCAAACCCCACCAUCCAGGACUUCUUCCUCUACAUCCACUCCAGCUACUUCAUCAACUGCUCCAAGGAGGAGGUCCCGCUUGUGGAUGCUCCUCAAGGGAUGGUGAUCACCCUCACGCUCAUCCCUGUCAGCCUCAUCCCCUUACUGGUAUACAUGGUGGUUUGGAAAAGUAAUGUCCAAGAGUGAGUCGUGUUAGACCUGCAAUAAGCUCAGAGAACGGGUUAUAUAUGUGAGAAUCUGGUGCUUAUAUUGCAUAAUAAUCCAGUCUAGUAGGAAAUCAAAAGGAUGGUAAGUUAUGAAUGAGGGCAAAAAACCAUGCAUAUACAUGUGGGUGAGCUAACUCAAUUAAAAAUGUAAAAAUGUUACGUUUUGUGACAAUUUGGUGUAAUUCCUAAUUCUACCAGAGGGUGGCCAAAUGAAGCCUUGCGAACCAG